GUGUCCCUGCUCGUGCGCAACCUCCCGUACGACGCCACCGUGGAAGAGAUCAGGACCGCGUUCGAGGAGUACGGCGAGGUGAGGGACGUGUACAUCCCGAAAGACUACCACACGAAGCGCCCGAAGGGGUUCGCGUUCGUGGAGUUCCCGGAUCCGAGAGAAGCGGAGUUGGCGGAGGACAAGCUGGACAAGACGCGGCUGUGCGGCGUGGAGGUGAGCGUCCAGGUGGCGAAGCAGAAGAGGAAAGAUCCGAGCUUCUUCCAGCAGGGCCGCGGCGGG